UUAGCAUCGAGAACGAAGAUGGAUGCUACAAACCGCCUCAUUGUAAUACAUUAUUUCAAUGGGACCCUAUGGAACAAAAUAAAAGAAAUUGUUGGACUUGAUUAUGACAUGGAGCGAUUGAUUUAUAUGUGUGCAUUAUCUGGACUACAAUUUCAAAAUAUGGAUCUUUACCAGACAGCAUUGGAGGCUCGACUGCAGGGAAUAGUACUCAGAGACUCAGGCCUUCAUCCCAUUGACGCUGCAUUUCUUGGUAACGAUCGCCUAAAUGUUAUUACUCUUGGAAUGGCUCGAAGACGUAUGUUUUUGGUAUCUUUAUCAGAGUUCAUAACCGAUAUUAUAAACAACCCAGAAAAACACAAUAUUGGUUUUUUCUACCAAUGUCGAAUAGUAGCAUUGUUCUAUAGUUCAAAAUUUCCAAAUAGGAACACAUACUCAACAGAUGCUAUUGUUUCAGCCGACGAUACUUGUAUCAUAAGUAACUAUGGAAAUAUCAUGAUGUCAUUCAAAUACCGUGGCGGUAUCUUACAUAUUGUAAACAACGAAAACCAUUCGACUUUUGGGGAAAGCAUAUUAACUUCAUUUUUAAAAAUUACAUAA